CCCCAUGCAGGCCGCUGUAUGAUUCAGUACCUAAAUAUGUUCAAACUGAUUGUUGUUAUAUUUAUCAUUACAAUUUUAAUCAAUGGCGCAGCGACUGAGGAGAAUUGUAUUGUUUCACAGGAAGUAAACACAGAAGACAGUAGAAGUGCAAGUACCGAUUAUACCCCAAUAGACGUAUCUUCAAGGUCAAAUGAUGAUGCCGACAAUGAUACAGUAACUGGAGUUGAGAGUGAUGAUGUAAUAGCUGAAAUAGAUGACAUCAUUAAAAGUGGGGAGCUAACUCAAGUCAUUCCAGCAAACACUCAAGUACGUCGAUUCGCAGCACUUCAUGCACUCCGCGAUGGAUCUGUAGAUGAAGAUUUCUACAAGAGUGCCAAAUUAGAGAUUAAAUCAAGAGAUAUUACUGCUAAAAUUGGCAAAGGGGAAGCAAGAAAAGCAAUUCCCGAUGAAGACAUUCUAUCUACGACAUCUAAUGAAAUUGAUGUAACGAUUGAUGAUAUGGACGACUUACUAUCUCCAAGUGAUUUAACAAGAGUAGGUUAUCAUAAAAACAACAGGAGUAUGUACCCAGACACGAGUGGUGAAAUAAGUGAUAGUAAACACGUGACAUGGGAUGACGACACGAGUUUAGAUCGUUUACCUGCAACCAGAAGAAUUUUCGAUCUUAUUGCUGGGAAAAUACCUCCGCAGCGUCAAAACUUAACGACACCUAAUAUUUUUGAUAUUAAAGGAAAAGCAUCUAAGAAUAAUAAAGUAAUUGAAGAUCCAGCCAUCUUGGAAGAAGCCAAAGACGUAACUGGUUUACCUGCAACCAGAAGAAUUUUCAAUCCUAUUGCUGGGAAAAUACCUCCGCAGCGUCAAAACUUCACGACACCUAACAUUUUUGAUAUUAAAGGAAAAGGAGCUAAGCAUGAUAAAGUAAUCGAAGAUCCAGCCAUCUUGGAAGAAGCCAAGGACGUAACUGAUGAAGAUGUCUACAAGAGUGCCGGAUCAGAGAUUAAAUCAAGAGAUAUUAGUGAUAAAAUUGGCAAAGGGGAAGCACAAAAAGGAAUUCCCGAUGAAGACAUUCUAUCUACGACAUCCAAUGAAAUCGAUGAAACGAUUGAUGAUAUGGACGACUUACUAACUCCAAGUGAUUUCACAAGAGUUGGAUAUCAUAAAAACAACAGGAGUAACUACGCGGAGACGAGUGGAGAAAUAAAUGAUAGUGAACACGUGACAUGGAAUGACGACACGAGUUUUGAAGGUUUACCUGCAACCAGAAGAAUUUUCAAUCCUAUUGCUGGGAAAAUACCUCUUCAACGUCCAAACUUCACGACACCUUACAUUUUUGAUAUUAAAGGAAAAGGAGCUAAGCAUGAUAAAGUAAUUGAAGAUCCAGCCAUCUUGGAAGAAGCCAAGGACGUAACUGGUGCAAUAAAUCCACUCAAUAAUCAUGCAGCCAUCAGUCCCUCCGUCAGCACACUACCACCUCUCCAGGAACCAGAACUCAUCCCUCCUUACUCGUUUUUUACAGCUCCAGCUCCAACAAUAAUGCUCACACCGAGACCAUUCCGCAUUGGACAAAUGGAAAAGGCUGAGCCGAAUCGUGAUUACCUAUUGAAUGAACAGAUAGUGGAUAGUAGAGAUGAACUCAACACCGUUGACUUUUUCCACAACAAUAUGCUGAAAAACAAUUAUCCAUACAAUCCUCCAGUUCCAGAACAUAAAAGUCAACAACACAAUAUAGUAGAGGCCGGACUACUUCCUCAGUAUCACAAUAUAUUCAGUAAACUUCUUCAGGCCACAUCCCGUUCAUCUCCCAUACGUAGACGGUUUCCACAAAAUUAUGGGAAUUCUUACAGACCCUUAUAUUUUACUUACAGUUUACCGCAAACUUUGAAAACGUUCGCUCCAAGACCCAGACGUUUCCGAAAGGAAAUUCCUUCGAGUGAAAUAUUUUGCUUUUAAUUGAGAUAAUUAUAAAUAUUGUACUGUUAAUAUCAUAAGUAAAACAAUAAUAUUCA